AUGGGUAACAUUCUGCCUUGGGGUGCGCAAGCAAAAUGCCGGCGGGCAAUAGAGAAGAACGAAAAGUCUCGUUCACAAGGAUUUGCCGAUUUUCAAACUCGUAUCGCAACUAACAGUGAUGACGUGUUGGAAAAACGCAAACAAAUUGUCUCAUGGACCUUGUUAGAACUGAGGGGUGAGUACCACUUUCUCAGUUUGUUUCUCCUUUUUACAGAUAUUUUAUGUUUCUCAGAUCGUCUGCAGCGGGAUGAGUUAACUGCUGUACAAGCCUUAGAAGCCUAUGUGUGGAAAGCUUUGCAACUGCAGGAAAGAAAUAAUUGUUGUAUUGAAGUGCUAAGAGAGGCUUUCGAUACAGCUGCUGAAGCGGACAAAAUGUGGUCAGGCGUUAAGGAGAAGCCGCCGCUAUUUGGCAUUCCUUUCAGUGUCAAAGGAAAUUUCUUUAUGCCUGGCUACGAUUGUACCCUAGGUUUGGCAAAAUUCCUGGAGCAACCGAAACUUGAAGAAUGCACAAUGGUAACUCACCUACGCAAUCUUGGAGCGGUUAGUUGGUUUUGCUGUCUGAAAUUUUGGAUCUACCCUCCUUGGGACUUGUUUAGGUCACCUGGAGGAUCUUCUGGUGGUGAAGGUGCACUUUUUGCUGGUGGUGGUACUCCAUUUGGUAUUGGAAGUGAUCUUGCCGGGAGUUUGCGAAUCCCAGCCGCAUUUUGCGGUUUUGUAACGUUGAAACCUUCGCAAGAACGUCUAGUCGUCAAAAAUACCCAUGGAGGUGUUCCUGGGCGUGGACGUCUCGGAUUAAGUUUUGGUUUUUUCACUCAUACAGUCGAAGAGCAAGUCGAAUUACUGCAGACGAUUGUUGGAAAUCCUGAAUACAUCAAACUCGUUCCCACUUCCAUCGCAGUACCGUUAGACAAGAAGAUUGCUAAAACAGACAAACUGCGUAUUGGUUACUACGAUGAUGAUGGAUUCUGCCCUGCGGUUCCUUGUGUUAAAAGAGUUCUGCUGGAAACUGUAGAACGAUUGAAAGCCGAAGGUCAUGAACUAAUUCGUUUCAAAAUUCCUAACGUGGAUGAGAUGGUCCAACUAUUGUAUAAGCUCUUGAUGCCGGAUGGAGGCCGUUAUGUUCGUGCUCUUUACGAUAACGAUAUCGUCGAUCCAUACUUGAAGGAAUUCGUGACGCUCCUAAAAGUCCCCCACUGGCUACGAUCUGUGGCUUCUUACAUUCUGCAGUCAAUCAGUCCUCAGCUGUCGGCAUUAUCUGCUGCUUAUGUGUCUGAUUUGGAUGAUUUACGUUAUACUCAAGAAAUGUGCGAUGCUUAUAAGGACAAGUUCACUGAAUAUUGGAAGAGUCUUGGAAUAGAUGCACUGAUAUGUCCGACAUUCCCUGUUCCCGCUGUCCCGCACCGUUUUCCAUCACGUAUGUCUUCGGCUGCGACCUAUACAGGUCUCUACAAUUUGCUCGAUUACCCUGCAGGUGCUGUUCCAGCUGGAAAAGUAACCUCAGAGGAUGACCAAGAUCUGCUAGACGAGUCAAAGUAUCCUGUAGGUAUCGUUGGAUUACCGCUUUCUGUACAAGUAGUGACGCUUCCUUACGAAGAAGAGAAAUGCCUUCGAGUCAUGAGUGAAGUUGAACGAAUUUGGAAUAAUAAUGGAGUUAGUGAGAGUUUUGUAAACGUUUCACCGUGA